AUGAGCAUCGCAGCCCAAGCGCACACACCUCGCGCACCUUCCGCCCGCCAGCUCUCAGGAUUGUCCGCACCGCGACCCAGGUCCCACCGCGAGGCCGGCUGCAUGCCCCGCCGAGUCGACCCCGAGUCUGCCGCCCACACCGACGACGAGAUAGAGAUGGGGGACCUGGUCAUCAACGUGAAGCCCGAGCCACAUCCGUGGCCCCUACAGGCCGCGGGGCUGCAGCAGCGUUCCCCAAAGGAGGUGCCCGCGCCCGGCAGGGGCAGCCUCGAGGGCGCACCCCGCUCGUGCCCUAUCCUGGCGCCCGCCGCCGCCCGUACCAUCCUCGCCCUCGACUUGCAGAACCAGUCGGCGCCGUGGACUUCUCUGGUCCCUAAUCCUCACGACCGCCAGCCCUGGACUGACAAACACCCGGAUACCUUGACCUGCGGCCUCUGCCUGCAGACCUUCCCGCUGGAGGCCAUCAAGGCUUUCAUGGACCACAAGCAGCAGGGCUGUCCGCCCUCUGGAGGGCCCAGCCCUGGCCCGGACUCAGAACUUGAGAACCUGAAGGCUUUGACUUGCCUCCGCUGUGGCCGACCAGUCACCGAGGCCUGGGAACUGCUGGGCCAUGCGCAGUGGGACCAUGGACUGUCCAUCUACUGGACGGGAUCCGAGGCCCCAGAGACUCCGCUGCUGGGCCUGGCAGAGGUGGCUGCAGCCAGGUCAGCAGUGGUGGGGCAGGAAGUGGAGGCCAAGGGCUCCCGGGCGAACAGGAGCCCCACCUGCCCCGUGUGCAGGAAGACCCUCAGCACCUUCGGCAGCCUCAAGGUGCACAUGCGCUCGCACACGGGCCAGCGGCCCUACGCCUGUGACCAGUGUCCUUUCGCCUGUGCCCACAGCAGCAGCUGA